CGUUAAACCGGGACGUGCUAGGUUCCCACCCAAUGAUCUGACCGUGAUUUAUCUUUAGCCAAUCCGCCCCCUCGCUGAUGCGCGCCGGGAUACGCCGCCUGGAAUUUUAGCCUGUGUCUGCGACAAUACCGAGAGGAAUUAAACUGGUCGGAUGCGGUCGAAGAAUGCGGCAAAAACGGCGGUUACUUAUUUUCUCUCAGCAUCGACGCUAGUAAUCAAGUGGAGGAUUUCGACUUCUUCUCCGAACCGGAAAGGCGAGAGGAAGUGUGGCUGGGAGGACGCCGAAAUGCCGGCCAGUUUCAGUGGAUGGCGUUUUAUCCCGAAACCAUAAACGCAAGCGGCGCCACGAAAUUUCGUUGGGAGAAAGGACAACCCGCGCCGGGCAACGACUGUCUGAGCGGAGUAAUUGGCCGGCAAGAAAUUCUUCUGUACAGCCGACGGUGCCGGGAGAAACGGCCUUUCUGGUGCAUGCAUAAAGCGUUCGAUGAAGAACAGUUACCCUCUAAUUGUCCCAACGGUUGGAAAAGCUUGCCUUGGCUGCGGAAGUGUUACCAGCAGACGGAAAAAAAAAUGAAUUGGAGGCGAUGGCGAGAGUAUUGCGAAAAACAAGGAGGAAGAUUGGCCACCCUCGAGCUCCCCGAAGUCAAUACCUUGGUUAAAAGUUAUAUAUUGGAACAUAACGGUACAAGUAAGUAGCCACAUCCGGUAAUUAACGCCUCCGGAUUUUUGGUAACGACGCGCGCUUUCUCCAAGAUUCCGGCUGGUGGAUCGGACUUCGAAGAUCGGACGAAGGAUUCAUUUGGGAGGACGAAGGCGAAACCGUUCGGUACGUGAAUUGGGCGGCGGAUACGGAUUUCGCACCGAAUUACACGGCCGGAUUAAUGAAGGUCGAAGGUUCCGGCGUUUCCUGGUCUCUGGACAAUCCAGAAGAAAAUCACUUUGGCAUCUGCCAAUCGACGGUCGAAGAUUCAAGAGUUUCCUGCGAAAUAAUCGUUGUUUCCGAAGGUGUAUUCAAAUGCCUUUGUAGUAAAAGUUAUUACAAAAGUGUCACGUGGUAUAAAGAUGGCGUUAUCGUCAACGGAACGAGAGGAUUGACGACCGGCGGCGAAGAAUAUUUAACCGUACGAAAUUUACUUUCUACAAAUACGAGCUUAGACCGGGGUCGACUCCAGGGCUAUUAUUGGUGCCUGGUGGAUCAGAAGCGACCUUUCGUCUCCGUCGCUUCGCCCCGGAUACUUUUCACCUUCAAAGACGUGUGGACGUUCGUCGGUGAGUUCGAUUCUUCUAUGGACUUUCUUCGAUUAGAUCCGAGCACGAAGGAAUAUUUUAGUCGAUGUCGGAACAUCGGCGAAAAGAUCGAAAAAGCUUUAACUUCCGUCGGACAGACUGUCGUACACGUACAUCGACUAUCGGAGACAAAGGAUAAAAUAAAAGUAAACUUUUUCAUCUACACACGUUCUUCGAGUAAGAAGAGAGAAACAAAAAUGGACGAAAGUAAAGAGAAGUUAUUAAACGAACUGCAGAACCGAAUGACCCGUAGUUCCGGUUUAUUAUCGGAAUUGAAAAUAUCGCCGGAAAGUAUUCGAAUAAAAAUUACAGUCGGAUGCCUUUCGACGAUAACGGAGGUGAGCGACAGAAACGUGACUUGGCCUAGAAAAAAUUUCGGUGAAAUCGCUUUACCCCUAGAAGACUGCGUGACCGACAGAGGCGAUCCCGUGGUUAGAAGGUGUUUGGGAAAUUUCACUUACGGCGCUUAUUGGGGUCCCGUGGACGGAAAAUGCCGGGGAGAACUCUCCGACCUCACUCUACGAUUGAAAGAAUUAUCUACGAGCGAUGAAGUAAACGUUACCAAAGAGUUAAGUAAUUUAGUAAACGAGUGGCCUCGAAUUCGAGCAAUCGACAUUCACUACGUGGCUACUUGCUUGGAGAAAGUUUCCACCAAACCAAAUUUCCAAAAUCCACAAGAAUCGUUCGAAGAAAUCGCCUCGACCAUCGACAAUUUAAUGAAGACGGAUUCAUCCGUUUUGGCCUCGGCAAAUACGAAAACCAACGCUUCUUCCAGAAUUACAGCUUCGCUGGAGAGUAUGCUAGAGGCCAAUAACGUUUUCAUAAAUAUAAGUAACGAAAACAUAAUUAUUGCGUCUCACCCGCUGACCUCGGAAAAUGUGGAAGUCGGAAUAUUGCUACCCCUGGAUACAAACCGGAUAAAGAUUUUAUACGAGGAUACAUUAUUAAAUGACGAAUAUAGAGUAAGAAUACGUCUCCCUCGGGACGUGUCGAAAGAGAAAGCUUCGUCUAACGCCACUUUUAAUUACGUCGUAUACCAGAACGAUGCCAUGUUCUUCACCCACCGCACCGAUCGAGCCGUAGUCAGUAACGUUCUGUACGCCCGCCCGACGGGAGCUCCCGUUCGUUUGCCUGCCAAAAGAAUAGAAAUCGCAUUUCGAGUGUUCACGGUUCCCGGCCAAAUACCCCACAGUUCGAGGUGCGUUUUUUGGGAUUAUUCUGCCAACCGUAAAAUGGGAGAUUGGUCCGAUCUGGGUUGCGAAAUAACAAACCGAACCGCCCGUCGAGUGGUAUGUCAUUGCGAUCACAUGACUAACUUCGCCGUUUUGGUGAAUUUACAUCCGGAUUACGUGGAGCGAAAGAUACACGCCGUAGUCUUGGAUAUUUUCACCUACGUGGGGUGCGCGCUUUCCAUAAUGGGGCUCGUAUUAACACUAAGCAGUUUCGUGAUGUUCAAAAAAUUGAGAAAAGGAGUGGUGAGCAAGGUUCUGUGUAAUUUGGCAUCGGCCAUAUUGUUAAGUCUGAUCGUCUUCGUUUCGGGAAUCGAUCAAAUCUCGUCCGAGAAGGGGUGUAUAUUUGCGGCCGCUCUCUUGCAUUAUUCAUUGAUGGCCUCGUUCUGUUGGAUGUUGAUAGAGGCCUUGCAGCAAUAUCUGAAACUAGUCAAGGUGCUGGAUACUUACAUCCCCAAAUUUAUGCUCAAAGCAUCCGUUUUUGCCUGGUGUGAGUCUUCAACUAAUUAUUUUUUUAAUUAA